AUGGCGGCUAGAUACAUUGAAGCGGUCGGAUCUGAGUCCAAGUCUGAUGCUACCAAGACCGAGGUUCAGGACAGCAUUGGUCCACUCGACGCCGACCCCUUACAAGAAGUCUCGAGAAAGCGUCAAAGCUUGUCCGAUAUCUUUACAAUCAUUGCAAGUGGCUUUGCAUUGAUCAGCGAUGGAUACCAAAACAACCUCAUGACCAUGACAAAUGUUCUUCUCAGAAAGGAAUACCCAAAGGAGUACACCUCAACCGUGAGCACUCGUGUGUCCAAUGCGCUGUUGGUCGGCGAGGUUAUCGGUCAGGUUGUCAUCGGUCUGACUUGUGACUACCUCGGUCGAAAGACCGCUAUCGUCUUCACCACUCUCAUGAUUGUCAUUGGCGGUAUACUCGCUACCGCAUCUCAUGGAGUCACCAUCAAUGGCAUGUUCUGGAUGAUGACGGUGGCUCGUGGUGUAGUUGGAUUUGGUGCCGGCGGCGAGUACCCUGCAUCAUCGACGUCUGCUUCGGAGUCUGCCAAUGACUUGACGCCCAAGCAUCGUGGUCCAGCAUUCAUCAUGGUGACCAACUUCCCGCUGUCUUUCGGUGGGCCAUUCGCAGUAUCGAUCUUCCUGAUCGUAUUAAUGGCCUGUGGACAGUCCCACUACAGCACCGUAUGGCGGGUAUGCUUUGGGAUCGGAUGCAUAUGGCCAUUAUCCAUCUUCUACUUUCGAAUUCGUAUGCUCAACUCGGCACUCUACCGUCGUGGUGCUAUCAAGAGGCAUGUUCCGUAUAUGCUCGUGCUACGCUACUAUUGGAGAUCGCUGAUCGGAACUUGUGGCGCAUGGUUCCUCUAUGACUUCGUUACUUUUCCGAACGGUGUCUUCUCAGGAACGAUCAUUUCAACCGUUGUCACAAAUGGGACAAUCCGCUCGACGGCCGAAUGGCAACUUCUACUUGGAGCAAUCGCCCUCCCAGGUGUUUUCCUCGGCGCAUUCCUCUGCGACCGCGUCGGACGCAAGAACAUUAUGAUGAUAGGCUUCAGUGGAUAUCUAGUCUUCGGACUAAUAAUUGGUUGUGCAUACCAUAGAAUCACCAAAAUCAUCCCCCUCUUCAUCAUCUUUUACGGACUAAUGCAGAGUUCCGGCAACUUUGGCCCUGGAAACAUGCUCGGCUUGCUCUCUUCCGAGUCAUAUGCUACCGGUGUACGAGGAACGUGCUAUGGUCUCUCAGCUGCAGUUGGAAAGACCGGUGCUGCGAUUGGAACGCAGGCUUUCCAACCUAUUCAGGCUCGACUGGGCAAGAAUUGGACGUUCAUAAUUGCAGCCAUCUGUGGCAUUGUGGGGGUUUUGAUUACUUACUUCUUUGUACCUGAUCUCUCGGGUGAAGAUUUGCGAAUCCGCGAUGAGAAAUUUCGUGCCUAUCUUGUUUCUAAGGGAUGGGAUGGUGCAAUGGGGGAAGAUGACCUUCAGGCCAAUGCGGACCAGGGAAUUCCCACAGCGAUCGCCCAUGAGAUUGCGCCCACGAAGAUGGGCUAG